AGGAAGGGAAGAGGCGUGCCGGCCGGUGGUGUCUGUGCGUUUCCGUGCCACUUCCUGUAUUUUCGGCGGAGGGGCAAAAACUUUUCUCGGCUCGGACACGGCCGGGGACAAGUUACUUUUUGGCCUUCUGGCGUCAAAUGGUUUAACUUAUCAUCUAAGUGUCACUGCAUCGCCCCCAGCUCGCUUUUCCCCCCCCGAGCUGACAGAAAGUUUGGAGCCAUGGCUGACGGACGAGAAGAGGAGACGAGAGAAGAAGACCAGGAGCUUCUGGGCGCAGUGGGAGGGGAAGAUGUCAUUGAUGACCCCAUCAUUGAUCAGGGAGCGGUGGUCCUCAGAGGAUUCAAAAUCGGGCGACGAAGCAGACAGUCCAUGACCCUCACUCUGUGUACAUGUCCUAGGUAUGUGAUUGAACGUAUAAACGCCGAGGAGCCCGGUCGACACGUGUCGCCUGAGGAUCUGGGAGGAAGGUCGAGUGAACAACAGGAUCCACAAGUCAAAGAAGUGGUGGAACAGCUGCUAAAGAUCGCUGAUGAGCUGAACAGGAACGCCGAGCUCCAACAACUCAUCAACCAGGUUCCAGGCAACUGCGCCCAGGGUAUCUUCAUGAAGGUGGCCAGAAACAUCUUUGCUGAUGGCAUCAACUGGGGUCGUGUGGUGGCUCUCUUCCAUCUGGCCUACAGACUCAUCUACAAGGCGAUAACAAGCAACCAUCUAGAGAACAUCAAAAUCAUCAUCAGCUGGGUUCUUCAGGUCAUCAGAGAGCAGCUCCACACCUGGCUCGUACAGCAGGGAGGCUGGGAGGGAGUGAUCCGUGGGAUUUCUCGCUGGAGGACAGUAGCCAUAGUAGCAUCAGUAGUAUUAGUGGCAACUUUUGUUUACUACAGGAGAACACGCUGAGAUCUGCAGACCUCACAACCAGGACCGCAGUGCCAUCACUUGGGGAAACGCCACUGCAUAAUAGAGCCAGUUUCUAGAAACAUUUACGACCACUCCUAAGCCUCCGUCUUCUAAUGCAGAGGAGGUCAAAUACUGUACUAAGAGGGGAAAACCUCUUUUCUUUUAAGGAUUUCAAGAGCCAAAAAAGUGCUUUUACAGUCUGCUGUCCAUCAGGCGUCUCAAGCAGCAACUUCAAACUUAAUUUCAUGGAAUGACACGUUCAGCUGCAUCACCACCCACAGCAGCCAUUUGGAGGGUUUCCCCCCGGGUGCAGCAGAUGAUGGUGUUCAUGAACAAAGGAUGUAGCAGUAUGUUUCUUUUUAAACACACUGGAGGACCAAACCCCACCUGAACCACAGGUCUCAAGAUUAUUAUUUUUUUUUUUUGUGGUCCAACCUGAAUUUGACCAGCUUCUAUGUGGAUCACCUAAAAUGACAAGAAAAGGUCGGAGAAAAAUGUCUGAUGACAAAAUAUGCUGCAACUUAAGUUUGCUAAUCAUGAUUCAACAAUUACAGAGCAAGUUGGCUUUAAAAAAAAAAAAACGAAAGUGUUUCAGUUAAACAUUUAACAGCUUGAUUUCCAAAAGAUCAUGUUUACUCAAAUGUUCACUAAUCAAAAGGCACAGAAAACGAAACUCACCAAAUCCACAUUCAUCACCAGCUGAUGUUUCUGAUGUGUUCAUCUUAUGUACUGUGUUGCUCUAUUCGAGUUUUUUUUAAACAAAAUAUACUCAACAACAUCUUUGAUUUCCGCUUCGUCAAACGUGAAAACGAUUUUCAGCCAAUCAGAUCUGAUUUCCAACACCUUGUUCAAUAAACUUCACACUGCAAACCUUAAA